GAAUUGAAAAUUGAAUUAUAUCGACGAUCUUUCUUGAACUUCGAAAUAUUUUUGACGAUCUGUCAAAUUUGGGCCUCAACAUUUCGAUUUCGGCACUUUGCGCAUGGCAGUCAGCGCACCUUGAAUGGCGACGAGUUGUUAUUGUUGAAAGCGUUUAAUUAUUUGUAGAAAUACUAUGUGUGUUUUUACAAUAUUUUUUGGUGAAAACAUAAAUAUAAGUGAUCGAAAUAUUUAAUAAUCCUAUUUUCUGAUUGGAUACAACCGCUGGAGAGAAAUUCUGUGUGUCAAAAGUAUGUCACUUAAAAUGGGGACUGCACCGACACAGUAAUCUAUCGAAAUUUCGGCAUGUGAUCCUCUUAGAAGGCGUUGAAAGAUGACGCAGGUUACGUUGGGGCCUGUCCUGACUAACCUGUUCAUAAUUUAAAUGGUAACAGAUUUAGAUGGCCGCAAAUUGACAACAAUAGUUACUUAUAAGGGAAACUUGGAAGAUCCAGAUUUCUCUAAACAACUAAGUAGUGCAAAAAAUUCGUUGAAUGAUAUUCUGUGUAAGAUAGUCAAAAUACACAAGCUGGAGCCCUGGAAUUCGGUUAGGGUAACGCUGUCUAUUCCAAGAGAGGCAGCGUUACGUCUUCGACAAUUAGCCAAUGAAGGCUCUCAUCUGCUUAAAGCCAUUGGCAUUUUGUCUGUGCAAGUAGAAGAUGAUCAAGUAAUUUCUUUACGAAUUGCUCCUGGCCCUCUUGGUUCUGAAGCUCAAGAAAUUGUUCUGAGAACAGCUCAAGAUGGUUCAGGUGCAUCAUCCAACAAUAUCUCUGUGGGCAGGUCUGAUUUUGAAGGACCGCUCGCCAGGUUAUUUUCUUCAAGUGGUAGCAGUUCAGUUUCCUCUGCAACAAACUCGACAGUGGCCAGUGAAAAAGUGCAAUUUAAAUCACCUAAUGUGGUGUGUCCUUCAGACUCUGUGGUGCCUAAAGUGGCUGUUGGCAGUUCCCCAACUACAUCAAAGAACCCUUUUCCAUUCACUAGCAUGAAUCAAGCUAUACAUAGUAGAGAAAUUAGUAAUCAGCAUCAGCAACAGAACUCCACAGUUUCAUUGACAUCUGUACCAGUUUCAGUAGCAACAGUGCCUCUGUCAACGGUUCCAUCUUUACCACCACCCCCGUACCCAACUCAAAAUCCUCCUGUAUCAAUAUCAAGUCCAUUAUUAGUGAACUUAUUACAAAAUGACGGAGCUGAUAGUGUUUUAAGUGUGCCUCCUGCAACUGCUAAUGCAGCAGUAAAGUUUAAGUGUCCUAGAACAGUGACUAGUAACAAUAAUGUGUUAGUAACUAUACCACAGACCAAUACUAAUAGUAACUUAUCAGUGAAUUCAAUUGUUUCACCAAGCGCCUUAUCUAAUAAACACCAAAUGAUUAGUACAACUCCCUGCGCUCUAAGUAUAAGUGCAACUCAACCUCCACCUUUGAAUAAUCUUCCUGUUUCAAGGCCAACUUCUCUACUACCACCGCCACCCCCAUACCCAUUGUCAUGGGCCUCACCAACUCAUCUACCUGAUAUAACACCAUCUCUCACAGACCUUAGAGCAGAUGACCUGGACCAACUCUUACCUUCGUUAGAGCAUGACCUGGUGCAUAGUCCUCCAGACAUACCAGAAUUAUUAGCAAAUUCUAAUCACAGUGACCAUUCAAUACUUGAUCCACCGGAACCACAACCAAUUGGGAAGAACUUUCUUAUAAAUCCCUUGACAGGUGAAUUGGAACCCCAGUCGAGUGAUGAAAGUGAAGAUGAAGAAGUAAGGGAUGUGUUCACAGAUUUGCCAUCCCCUAGUGCAACAUUUUCGGAUGAAGAUACAAAUUCCACUUCCAAAACUGAUAAUAUUAUGAAUAACAUUACUGAUCAAAGUGAUAGUGAUACUAGAUCAUCUUUGAUAGAAACAGGUGUUAAACAUAGAUAUAAAAAUAUAAAAUCCUCUAAAGAUAAAGGUCGAGAUUCUCCUUCAUUGAAGCCAACUGAAAAAAUCAAACUAAGGUUGAAAUUAGAAAAAUCUGAACCUGUGAAUCCAGCUUAUAAAGUGGACGUUAGUUUUAUUAAUACUCAACAACCGAAGAAAGCUUUGAUGGCAUCAGUUACUCCAAGUCCCUCCCCACAAACACCACCAAGUUCUGAAGGGCUGAGGGUCCCUCCCUUACAUAUAUCAUUACGUGGUAGAAAUUUAGUAAUAAAAAAUAAAAAAAGAAAUAAAAUGUUAGAUAGUGGGGAGAAGAUGAAAGUAAGGAAAACUCAAGAUUAUACCCUUAAGAGAAAGCAAGACACAUCUUUUGGAGAAGAUGAGUUGAACAUUCCCCCAUCAGUUGUGGUUGAUUCAUCUUUAGAACAAACAAAGAUAAGAACUUCAAACUCAGAGGUCAAAAAAAUUAAAAGACCUAAAAUCAAUAGUGAAUAUAAAGAUGGCCUCCCACAAAUGGGUUCCCAAUUGACUUCACAGGAAACUAAAGUUGUUCUUCAUAACUAUAUAUCCAAAGAUAAGGAGAAAGAAAGACGUGGAAGUGAUUCCGACUUGUGUAAAUCUAGCAAAAAAUUUUUAGAUUCUAAUGGAAUUAGUUCUGAAGAUAAAAAAAGGAGAUUAAGUCAGUCGGACGGUGUCGAAAGUACUGAGGUCCUUGGUUCUACAAAUAUCGGAACUGUGGUAGGAUUACCGAAACCUAGGAAAGAAAAAGUAAAAAAUCGUGAACUGAAUAGGAAUAAGAGUUACUCUAAGAAUUUAGCAGAGAAAAUAGCCAAACAACAAAUCAACUUGCCCAGUGUUGAAAUCGAUAUGGAAUCUAAAAUAAAGCAAAGAUUGUUAGAAGGAGUCAAUAGAAUCCCUCAUAGAAUUGAUCAGACUACACCUGCUCCAGAAAAGCCACCUCCUGUAGAAGAGAAGUUACCAGAACCUGAUGGGAGUCAUACUCCUGAUAGAAAAAGUGAAGUAGUAGAGAAACCAGUAGCAGGUAGAUCACCUAACAGUGGAGCACAGGGGGAAGAUAGUGGUAUUGAAAGCAUGGAUGCCUUGAGUGAAAAAUCUCCAAAUCAAGCCAGUCAGAGCCCUCAUGCUGAUAUGCCAGAACCAGCAUUGAAACCUAAAACCCAAGUGCCUGAUAUGAUGGACAUUGAGGCUCAAUUGGCGAAAAUGGAAGGCCUCAAUGGAGAAGAUUGCUGUAUCACAUCUUCAUUGCAAGAUAAUUUAAAGAAUAGCACAUCUCCAAUAUCAAUACACACCAAUAUUAAUAAUACAAAAGAAAAAGAGCCUUAUGAUAAAAAUGAAUCACUUUUAACACCUACAAAUUCUAAUGAAUUACCUUCAAACCAAACUAAUAAAGAAGAUCUUGAACCACUUCCUCUGAGGAUAGCACCCCCUUUAUACACUUAUUCUAACCCAGAAAAAAGUAGGGAUUCAGAAGAAAUUUUUCAAGAAGGAUCAGAAGACAUCAAUAAUUCAAGUCCGUUAAAGAAUAAGAGUUUGCUUGAAGCUCUCUUGAUAGAAAUACCAUCAGAUCAACAUAAUUCAGAUAACCCAAGUCCUGCUACAAGAUCAGUUCGAACAAGGGCAUCAUCUAAAUUGAAUAGCCCCGAAAUUAAUUUAAAUUCUCCAGUUACAAGACAGCAAAGAGGUUCAACACCUGCUAAUAAAAGAAAACGUCAAGAAUCAGAAAGUUCAAAUCAAAGUUUGGAUGAUUUCAAGAAGAAGAACCGUAAACUAAAUGAAAAUAAUGAAAUAAAACAAGUUGGAACAGAACAAGCAACAACUAGAGUUAACAAUGUGAAAAAACCCAAUUUUGUUGGAAAUAUGACAUUAAAUGUGAAAAAUAAUGAUGAAAGUUCAGAUAGUGAUGAACCAUUAAUUGAAAAAAUGCGGAAAAGUAAUGCCCCCCCAGUAGUUGCAACAUCUUCUAUAUCCAACUCAAUUGCUACAGUUAUGACAAAUGUUGUCACUACAGUAGCUUCAACUAAAGCUAAAGUAAAAUCACCAGUUGGUUUAGCAAAAAGCAUUGUGACAAAUAAUGCACCUUUGAGUACAAGACGAUCGGUUAGGUCUGCAAUGCCAGCUCAAAAUACAAGAAGUAAGGGUGAUAUCAGAGUCCAUAUUGAUAGUGCAACAACAGCAGCUGAAGCAGUCCGAAGGAAAACAAGAAGUGCAGUCGACUUGGAGUUAAAAAGAAAAAAAGAAGUGAAGUGACAAUUUGCAGGCGACGCUGUCGCCUCCUUGUUCGUGCCCAUUUCAGAGCUGCAGCAGUAGAUGUGUGGCCAAUGUACAGAAUGUGAUAAUCCCCAACUACAAAUUUCGUUUAUUUGACCUAACCUCUUGUAUAUAGCUAGAAUUCAUUGUAAAUAUAGACAGAAAAGAGCAGUGUCUUCAUACACUUUGUAUAUUACGCUAUUUUCCAUACAUAACCUUUAUUCUAUACUAUACUAUUUCAUUUGCAUUUUACGUACAAAAACUUGAAAUAUUUCACUUGUAUAAUUGUAUGAUUAUAUUGUAAAGUUGUUGACAUAUUGUUUAUGUUUUAGCUUAGUUUUAUUUGUUUAUUAUUCUUAUUAUUUAUACCAUGGAGCCUUGUAGAAUGUUUCUGGUUUCUUUACGUAAAAUACAAUACAUUGUAAUGUUCUUAAUUGUAGAUUUGUGGAACGGUUGAUCAUUAUAAAAUAUACAUUGUUAAAUAGAAAUAUCUUAAUAUUUA